AAUUUUGCAGUAAAACAAGAAAAUCAGAAAAUAUUUGUAAAAUUAGCCACCAGUCCAUGAAAACGUGGCAUCUUGUUUAAACAGAAAAUAAUUAAAGAAUAAUUUUUAUUUUGCUUCAUUUUUUUAAGAAAGUGUACAAAUGAGACGAAUAACAAGUUUACUUUUAUUAUUAUUAUUAUUUUUACUGGGAGGAAGUGUGAUACCUAUUAAAAAAAUUUUCUUCCCCAAAGAGGAAAAUUCAAUAAAAGAAAAUAAAAAUACAACUACUUUAAGUAGUAUAACAUCUGAUUUAAGUAGUACAACAGCAGCGAAUAUAAUAAAGCAAAUCCAGCAUGUACAAUCAAUCCCAGAGAAAAAAAGUUGGACUCAAAAGUUGGGCGAAAUAAAAAAACCAAUUAACGAUUUAUUUGGUAUCGAAAUUGGUUAUGAUGCAAUUAAUAUUCGAUUUCUUGAUGUUAACAAUUUUUUUCCCAACUUAUCAUAUAUUGUACGUCUUGCACCAGUAAAUGUUUAUCAUACGGAAUUCAUUACUACAUUUAACAAAGACAGACCAUUGACACGUACCUUCCUAUAUCUCGAUCCAGGAGUAAAAUACGAAUUUCAACAUAGGACUCCGAGUGAAACGUUUCGUGAUGUGAAAAAGGAAAUAAUUACAACUUAUAAUCCAAAAGUGAAACCUAGUAGGCCUGAAGGUCCACUUACAGUGUUAAGUAAAACGGAUACAACAUGCGAAAUAAUGUGGAAGAAAUCUAACAGUGAUAAUAAAUAUCUUGAAAAAUAUUAUAUCGUUUUUGACGCAGGUGUUAGAACAGAAUAUUCAGCCCUUCCUGAAAUACAUUAUACGGUCACUAAUCUCAUUCCUGGAUCUGAUAACACAAUUUCUGUAUAUGCUGAAAAUAAUAUUGGAAAAUCAGAACCAAUAUCAGUGAAUUGCCAUACUAAUUCUGAAAGUUAAAAAAAAGGAAAUUAAAAUUAGACGAACGUAAUCAGAAUUCAAAAUAUGUUAAAGAAAAAUUUUAUUUAUUGAAGUUUAAUAAUUCAAUUAUAAAUAUCUACAAAAUAUAGUGUAUACUUUAAAAAUAAAUGCAACU